GAAGUAUGGAGUGCUUUUAUCUAUGCUACGGCUGGUUUGGUACUAACUCUGACCUUUCACCUUGCCCAGACCGUAUUGUCCGCACUCGCGCACAAGCCUGACCAUCCGGCGUUCGGUUCACAGUUGCAGUCUGUCAAGGUGCUCUCGUUACCGGAUUAUAUCCUGCUCGCAAUAGCAUUCGAACUCAAAUGUGGUGCCUCUAUGGGUGCUUACUACUUCUCCUUCCGUCCAGAGCGCCAGUUCGAUACUGAACCCUGCGAUUACGAUUACGAUUAUGAUUGCGACAAAGGCUCUGACGGCCCUAUCAAUGAUGAUCUGGUUUCGUUCGUUCAAGUAUUUAAGACGUGGAAUCACAUCGGCACUCCAAUUGUACCGCAAUAUCUUCCUAGCGCGAGCAGACUUUGAAGCAUUCGUGGAGCCACUCGACGGAUCGUUCAAUGGACACUUUAUCCGCUCUUUGUCACUUCGUGUAGGCGACGAGUCCUUUGUAUUCGAUAAGAGACCUCUCAUUUCAGAAGAUUUUAGGAGCCAAUACAACAGCGAUGACGAGUUUGAACGAAACGAUUACAGGGCCCCCGAGCCUAGGGUUGAAUGGGGCGAUGAGGACUUCGAUAGAUACGGUUCCAUCCCCCGGGCGCUUCGACUCAUAUAUGAGCAGUUCGAAAACAUCGCCUGUCUCUUCGAUACGAUGGAUAAGCUUGUGUCGUUCUCUUUGCUCCUCGAACCUGACUCAAUAUUCGCCAAUCCGCGAAGCACGCUCACCGAGUUGAUCAACGCACUGCCAUUCUCCUGUCCAAGUCUCGAACUGGACACGAAAGGCCAUGACUGCCACUGGGGAAGUUCAUCGCAUGCCUGCACCGCGAUACGUCGAAUCAUGCCGCGGAUGCAACAUGUCCGCCUCCAGCUUGGGGCUAUGUGUCCAAGCAUGUUCCGUACCGAGGCAGAACGUGGGAAUCUUAGGGCAACCAGAUAAGCUGACCACUCACCUACCUGUCCGUACAGUGCCUCUCCAAGGUCUCAUUGAGCAGCUCCCAAGUCGAUCUUCCAAUACUAGGAUCGUUGUCUUGAGCGAAAACACACAGGACUCGCCGAUCGAUGGAGUCAUCCGGACACAGCUAAAGCAGGGUACUUUCGACAAAAAUCGCAAGAUGUCGUAA